UCAUAGCCAUGAAGAACGAACCAAAAUUGAGAGCAACAUGUCCCCCCUCUGAGCUUAUAAAUACAGAUGCAACCUUAAAUAUCAGUAUACAUAUAUACCAACUUUUCAUCAAACUUAAUUAGCCUUGUGUUAGAGGAGCAACCAUGUGGCAUGUGGUGACUGAUCCCAUUAGAACUCUUGUUGCAAGAGUUCUACACCAUUUCAUCCACAAAGAUUUCCAUGAAGCAGUGGCAAGGAUGACCAUAAUAGAUGCUUUUCUCUUCAUUAUUAUACACUCCAUUGAUAAGAUGGGGAUAUGGCCUCGAUUGCCUGUUUUCUUAGGCUUAUUGUACUUAGCCAUUAGGCGCCAUCUUCACCAAGAGUACAACCUCUUCAACGUUGGAAGACAACCAGUGGGGAUAAGGUUCAACGCUAGUGAUUUUCCAUAUAGAACAGAUGAUGGAAAAUAUAAUGACCCCUUCAACGAAGUUGCUGGCAGCCAAGGCUCUUUCUUUGGCAGAAAUGUUCUCCCUGUGGAUCAGAAAAGCAAGCUAUUGAAGCCAGAUCCAAUGGUGGUAGCUGCAAAACUGCUAGCAAGGAGAACAUACAAAGACACGGGGAAGCAAUUCAAUGUGAUAGCAGCUUCUUGGAUUCAAUUUAUGAUACAUGAUUGGGUCGAUCACUUGGAAGACACUAACCAGAUUGAACUCAUUGCACCAAGAGAAGUUGCAAGCCAAUGCCCACUCAAAUCUUUCAAGUUCUACAAGACAAAGGAAAUUCCCACUGGAUUCUAUGAGAUCAAGACUGGAACAUCAAACAUCCGUACACCUUGGUGGGAUGGAAGCGUCAUAUAUGGAAGCAAUGGAGAAGUUUUGAAGAAACUGAGAACAUUCAAAGAUGGGAAGAUGAAGAUAUCAGAGGAUGGUCACCUUCUCCAUAACCAAAAUGGAACAGCAAUUUCUGGUGACGUUCGCAAUAGUUGGGCCGGUGUCUCAACCUUGCAGGCCCUUUUCGUUCAAGAGCACAAUGCAGUCUGUGAUGCCCUCAAGAAUAAUUACCCAGAGUUGGAAGAUGAAGAACUUUAUCGCCAUGCAAGAUUGGUGACCUCAGCUGUAAUUGCAAAGGUUCACACCAUAGAUUGGACUGUAGAGCUCCUUAAGACAGACACUUUACUUGCAGGCAUGCGCGGCAAUUGGUAUGGAUUAUUGGGGAAGAAAUUCAAGGACACGUUUGGGCAUGUUGGAGGAGCCAUCUUGGGAGGAUUAGUGGGUUUGAAGAGACCAGAAAAUCAUGGUGUCCCAUACUCUUUGACUGAGGAAUUUGUGAGCGUCUAUAGAAUGCAUUCACUCUUGCCUGAUAACCUAAAUUUGAGAGACAUAUCUGCAACCCCGGGUUCCAACAAAUCUCCACCAUUAAUUAAAGAGGUUCCUAUGAAGAAUUUGAUUGGACUACAAGGAGAAAAGGCCUUAACAGAGAUAGGAGUUUCUACUCAACUUGUAUCAAUGGGUCACCAAGCUUGUGGGGCACUAGAGCUUUGGAACUAUCCAAUGUGGCUAAGAGACCUCAUACCACAAAACACAGAUGGCACAGAAAGGCCUGAUCAUGUGGACCUAGCUGCUCUAGAAAUUUAUAGGGAUAGAGAAAGGAAUGUGGCUAGAUACAACCAGUUUAGGAGGGCACUACUAUUGAUACCUAUCUCCAAGUGGGAAGAUUUAACUGAUGACAAGGAAGCAAUUCAAGUAUUGGAAGAGGUAUAUGGUGAUGAUGUUGAGGAGCUUGAUAUUCUAGUAGGUCUAAUGGCUGAGAAGAAAAUUAAGGGCUUUGCAAUCAGUGAGACAGCUUUUGUAAUAUUCCUGCUAAUGGCAUCCAGGAGGCUAGAGGCUGACAGGUUUUUCACAAGCAACUUCAAUGAGGAGACAUACACAAAAACGGGGUUGGAAUGGGUGAACACAACUGAGAGCCUGAAGGAUGUAAUUGAGCGCCACUACCCUGAAAUGACACACAAAUGGUUGAAUGCUUCUAGUGCUUUCUCUGUUUGGGACUCACCUCCCAACACUCACAAUCCCAUUCCUCUCUAUCUUCGUGUUCCCCAUUAAUCUAUUUGUUCAAUGUUCACUUUGUUGUUCCUUUAAGUUAUUUUACCUGUUUGUGUAUUUGUAUUUGUAUUUGUAUUUUAGUUUAUGCAUGUACACUAACUUAUUUCUAUAUUGGAAUUCAGCCUAUUUAUGCUACAUGUAUUUAUUUUGUCUUC